UAUUUUUAAAUCCAAUAGAAUUGUAAACGGUAUUAGUUAUGGAUGUUUUCUGCAAGCUAAGGCCAGUACUUUAUUAAGUAUAGGGGCUCAAAUUCCACGAUAACCCACUUAACCACAUGCAUUGUCGAUCUCUGGAGUGGGAGAUCAAAUUGGCGGAUUGGGUAGUUUGUAGCUACCUAAUGAGGGUGGUGUCUCAACAUUAGUCAGAUUCGUGGUAUUGAGCCAAGACUCAUGCUGACUGCGACAUCUGAAUGUUGUUCCAUAUCACAAUCUGUUGCUGUAUCAUAUAUUGUUGCAUACAGUGAGACUCCGCUUGAAUACGAUAUUCAAAAUUGACCUUGGAAAGAAGAAUGGCUCCAACUGCAGCUGCCGAUGGGGUUACAAAGCAUAGAGCGUGCGACGAAUGCCGAUCCCGAAAACUCGCAUGCUCCAAAGAACCCGAGGGCUGUUCUCGGUGUAAAAAGGAGGGAAUAAUAUGCUACUAUUCUCCGCAGAAGCAAAUGGGCCGUCCCCGAAAGAGGCGGCAUGUGGAUGUGGGUGAUGAGGCCAUUCUGCCAGCACCGACCAUUUCCCAGCCGCCAGAGGAAGCUCUACUUUUUCUCCAGCCAGAUGAUCAUAUCUCCUAUGAGCACCUGAAUCAAACGCAAGCAACCGGAGAUUAUCUUCUGGAUCUCAACUUCCUAGACGAGCCAGCUAAUGCAAACGCCGAUACAUGGGGCUUGCAAUCUAGUCAUGGCACGUUUUCUUUCAACCCGCAGAUCGUGGAACCCCAAGGCUUGCUCGUUGACAAUGCUACAUUACCUACAUUGGAUCUGAGUGGUGUCGACCUCCUUGGCAGUAUCAAUUUUGGCGAGACAGACGCUCCGCAAGAAACAAUUUCGAAGGAUCUCAGUAACACACUGCAGCAAUACCUAGUAGAUCAGAUUGAAUCCCCAAACCCAGGACUAAAACAGAACUCGGACACACCGACACCACCUGACUCCAGCGAAAAUGGUGCCUCUGUUGAAUCCACUGAGAAUGUGAUUAGAACACCGACUCCCUCUAUGCGACCUGUACCUACAGUGUCUUGCGGCUGUUUGUCAUCACUUUAUUUAGCUCUCGAGUCUCUUGGAAAUCUGCCAGCUGAGGUCAUACCGGCCAUGAAAGUCGCACGGAAUGCAUCCAAGGUCGCUCACGAUGUUAUCAGAUGUACUGUCUGUUCUGCAUCUUUGCUUGACGAACCCACUAAGCCUCCUCCCAUACAAUCCUUCCAGAACCUCAUGCUUCUUGGCGCUCUGGUUCCAUCUGCAUGCAACGCCUACGCAAGAAUUCUAGAAAUGGUAGAUGAAGAGACUACCCUCGCCAAGCUGCAAGGACGCACCUUUUGGUUCUCGUUCAAAGAAAUUGGUGGCCUCUGGGGUUGCAUUGGGGGUACGCCUAAGGGCUGCACGACUUAUCAAAGCUACAACAACAAGAACAUGCCUCCCGAUAUGUGGAGAAUGACAAUCAGGGGGCUUCUUCGCCUCGAUGUCUACGGGUUGGAUGAGAAGGACCAGGAGAUCCCAGGCGCGAUGACCUAUCGACAACUUGGGCUCAAAGAUGUGGUUGGGCAGCUUGAGGAGAGAAGCAAAAAGCGACAUGAUGCUCUUGACGCACUUCAUGCUGCUGGGCACGCACAUGAAGCGGCCCGUGGAGUUAUUUACCCGACUAAGGCUUGUUCUCCAGCAGAGCGCAAUUGUACCAAAGUCCUCGAGACAGCACGUAUUGCACUGGAAAAUCUAGUUAUCGCGUAGGUAGAACAUACGUAGAAAGGUUCAGAAGUUUGAGUAGGGGCUGAGCUAGCCAAAAAAAA